AUGGCACGCCAGCUCGUGGUGUUGCUGAUUUGUGGUGCGGCGGUGUUGCAAGAACUGUUUAUCCGAGGAGUUGUUUCGCGAGAAUACAUCGAGGCUACAACCGACACCCUUGAGUGGGUGCUGCCCGUAAGUGAAAAGAAGAAUGAUGGAACCACCGAUCCUGCCUGCAGCAUAUCGUUGCAUCGCGAUCUGACGAUCAUGCAACCGUUACUGCUCAAACCAGGCAGCAAGCAGUUCGUCUGGCCACGGCUACACAGUACCACCGUUGAGCUAGACUACGGGCAACCGUUGGAGCUAUUCUGUUCCCAUGGCUUCCGGGAUGGUUCACCGGUCGGAAAGGCUAAAUCAGCGAUCGUCACCUGCGAGGGUAACGAUGAGCUUGGUUACGCAGCGGGGAGCUACAACAUCUCGCACUUCACCUGCCAGCGCCCCGUCUACCAUGUAGCCGAACGAACCGGUGGCCGUUGCUACGGUGAUAGUACCCUGAUACGCAUUGGAUUCGAGCUGGCUCCGGACCGUUUCGUGCAGCUGUACGAGGUAUGCUUCAACGAGGUGCAACUACACAGCCACUACGUCAAGUACAAUCUGAGUCCACACAAUGGUCACCAUCAGCGGGCGGUAAAGCGGCCCUCCUUUCUACAGGGUAGCUUCUACCGCGAUCUCAAGAUGAACUCGAUCUAUUCCUUCGUCAAGCAGCAUGCCACGGUACAACGUAUUCUCGGCACUCAGGCAAGGGCUGAUGCCGUGCUCGACAGCAAGCGGGGUCUGUUUUUGUCCCGUGGCCACUUGGCAGCCAAAUCGGACUUCAUUUUCGGAUCACAUCAGCGGGCUUCAUUCUGGCUAAUGAAUGUGGCCCCGCAGUGGCAGCGCUUUAACGCACUCAACUGGCAGCGCAUCGAGACGGCAGUGAAGGAGUACAUCACCGCGCACGACCUGUGGCUAACGGUGUACACCGGAACGUACGGAGUGCUCGAGUUGCUCGAUGGCAACGGUGAUCCACAGCAGAUCUUUCUCGACUAUGAUGCGGCUCGUGAUCCCCCUGGGAGAAUUCCCAUUCCCAAGCUGUUCUACAAGGUACUGAUCGACGAGCAGACUCAAUCCGGCAUUGCGCUAAUCGGCGUAAACAAUCCUCACGCUACACCGGAGGAAAUCGCCGAGCAGUACGUGGUGUGCAAGGAUGUUAGUGGUGCUAUCGAUUGGAUCCACUGGAAGCGAGACUCGAUCCCCGAUGGCUACUCGUACGCGUGUGACGUGAACGAGUUUAACGAUGUCACAGGCCAUCUCGAACUGGUCCAGCCCAUCGGUAAGCUGCUUCUAUAGACUGAUCUAAGACGAUUUUAUUCUUUGUUGAUCUAAUAGGCAACCAUUCUGGGAAUAGAUAAUGAACCAUAAACCUGCGCAACUAGAGCUUCUUUGGUGUGAACCGUUCCUUGUCCACAGCCCGCGUACAGGUACCGUUCGUGUGC